CGUAUUUCACCAACCGGAUCCGGUUUUUAAUUACAUAUUACUUAUAACAGGUCAAAGGUUAAAAGAUGUUGUCGAGGAAAUUUUCUGCAGCUUUUGGACGGUCUGUCCUGUCAAGGAACAGCCUUCGUCUGCUAUGGACAGGAAAUGAACCUUUGGCAGAGGAUGAUCCAGAAAUAUUGGCAAUUAUCAAGAAUGAAAAGAAUAGACAAAUUAGAGGUCUUGAACUGAUUGCUUCUGAGAAUUUCACAAGUCGAGCUGUAACAGAAGUUUUAGGAUCAUGUCUGACCAAUAAAUAUUCUGAGGGUUACCCAGGUGCUAGAUAUUAUGGAGGUAACAAGUUUAUUGAUGAUGUAGAGAGACUAUGCCAGAAGAGAGCUUUAGAAUGUUUCAAGUUAGACCCAGAACAAUGGGGUGUCAAUGUACAACCGUACUCCGGAAGUCCUGCUAAUUUUGAAGUUUUCACUGGACUACUUGAGCCACAUGACAGAAUUAUGGGCCUUGAUUUACCAGAUGGAGGACAUUUAACUCAUGGUUUUAUGACAGACACAAAAAGGAUAUCAGCUACUUCAAUAUACUUUGAAUCCAUGCCAUACAAAAUAGAUCCAGUCUCGGGACUGAUAGACUAUGAUGGUAUGAGAAACUCAGCCAGAUUAUUCCGUCCAAAGAUUAUUAUUGCAGGAACAACAGCUUACUCCAGACUUCUAGAUUAUAAAGUUUAUAGACAGAUCUGUGAUGAAGUAAAAGCUGUAAUGUUAGCAGACAUGUCACAUAUAUCUGGACUUGUAGCUGCUGGUAUUAUACCAUCUCCAUUUGAUUAUUCUGAUGUAGUGACCACAACUACACAUAAAACACUUAGAGGACCAAGGUCUGGCAUGAUAUUCUAUAGGAAAGGUCAGAAAGGUGUUGACAAGAAAGGCAACAAAGUCAUGUAUGAUUAUGAAAAGCGUAUUAACAGUGGUGUAUUUCCUGCUCUACAGGGAGGACCACAUCAGCAUCAGAUAGGGGCAGUUGCUGUAGCACUCAGACAGGCAAUGACUGGAGAAUUUGUUGAAUAUCAGAAACAGGUUGUGAAGAAUGCUCAGAUCAUGGCAGCAGAACUUCUGAAGAAAGGUUAUGAUGUUGUAUCAGGUGGAACUGAUAAUCAUCUAGUCUUAGUAGAUCUUAGACCUAAAGGAACAGAUGGAUCAAGAGUAGAUAGAGUUCUAGAAUUGGUAGAAAUCUCAGUAAAUAAGAACACAUGUGCUGGUGACAAGAGUGCUGUUACACCAGGUGGUCUACGUUUAGGUGCACCAUCUCUUACAUCUCGUGGAUUAAAAGAAGCUGACUUUAAAAAAGUAAUGGAAUACCUAGAUCGUGGAGUUCAUAUAUGUUUGGAUGCACAGAAGCAUACAAAAACAUUAAAGGAAUUUAAGGAAUUUGUUAUAAGUGAUGCAGGCAUCAUUAAACAGCUGGAUUCUCUAAGAUCUGAAGUUGAGGAAUUUGCUGAAGGUUUCCCCAUGCCAGGUCUAGCAGAUAGAUAAUCGUAGAACAUAGUAUAGCAAACCACAGGACUUUCUGAACUAAGAUGGAGUUGUUAAAAUAAAAGUGUUAACAUUUUUAAUCAGUUACAUGGUAUAAGGUUUAAAACAUGUCUUUCUUUAAGAUUAUUUGUUAAUACAAUAAUCAUCACUAAAACUUUCUUUUUUUUCAGUUUAGGGAAAAAGUUAUUUAUUGGUGCUCUUUAAUUUUCAUGUACCGGUAAUAAUUCUUUAAAUAUACAAGCAUAAGAUGUUUCUGUAGGUGAUUAAAUGUAUACACUGUGUUAAAUGUUACUGCCAUGUUAAUAAUUACAAAAGCAGCUGUUUGUUUUUUACAUCAUUAGUUAUUUUAAUUUUACAUUUGUUUAUUAUAAUGAAUUAAGAUUUGAGAGGAUAUUGUCUUUUUUCAGUUAAUGGCAUAUUUUUAAUUGUUUUAUUACAUGAGAUUGUAUUUUUUAUUUAAUGUUCAAAAAGAUUUUAUUUGUUGAAAUUACAAAUAUGAAUGUAAAAUAGGUGAUUUGCCCUGUAUAAAAUAUUAUGAGGAUUGUACAAAAUAAAAUGUUGAAAAUAAUUUUGGAAAGUUGGAAAAUAAAUUAGACAAUUAUACAAUGAAGCCUUAGGCAGUUUUCUGGUCUUUGGUCAAGUUGUUGUCUCUUUGACACAUUGCCUAUUUCCAAUUCUUAAUUUUAUGGUAUCUUCAGCAAAAAAAAAAAUUCAUGAGGAUUAAAUAAGAUAUUUGUUUUUCAGUCUGAUUGAUAUACAGAUCCAGUGUCCUGUUUUUUGUAUUUGUUAGUUUGUGCAAAUUUUUAUUGCAUUCAUUGUUAAAUUUAAAAAAUAACUAAUAAGGCCAGUCAAAUCCUAGUUACUUGCAGAUUUUUGGUAGAUGUAAAAAGAUUGUCACCAACCCUUAUGUGCACCAAAAUAUUUGACUACCUCAUGAUACAUAGAUUAUUUCAUGCCCUUCUGUGGAGUUCCUUUCAAGUUCACAUUAUAUUUUAUGAAAUUGAUAGGAUCUUCAAUUAUUGGAAAGGAUAUUUAUCUCAUACAUGUACUAAAAUGUCAUAGAAUCUCAGCCAAUAAAAGCAUUUUAUUGUUACAUGUAUAAAUAUAAUUUUUUUUUAGGGAUUUAAACUUGUUAGGAGAUAAGUGUAUUUUAUAAAUAUCCUGUAUUUUUUUACAUUCUGAUUUAUUUAUGGAAAAAAAAGAAGUAAAUUAUAGUCGAGAUUUCAUUGUGAAAAUUUUGUUUGUGAAAUUCAAAAGUUGGAUGGUUCAAAAUGAUGUCAUACCUUAAAUGGAUGAAAUACACUUUAAAAUCAUGUGUUAAAUUGUUUCUCAGUGAUUACUUUGUAAAUCUAUUAUUCUAGAGUACUACUUUGCAAAACAGUUUGUACAUUUGAAAUCAAAUUAAAAUCAGUAUUAUACUUAUAUAUUUUUCAAUGAGAUAAGUUGCAAAGCUGUAAUGGUUUUAUAUAAUAUCUAGUUUACAUUAUUUCUAUGAAGACAUUUACACAAGUUUUCUCAUAAACGUUCAUACAUCAUUAACACCUUAUCCCUUAACAUUCCAAUUUUUUGAUACAGCAUUUACUAUUCUAUUCACCCCUGCAAAACACAAUAAACAGAUUGAUCAUUUCUUUAAUUAGCCAACAAAAACAAUAUUCAAUAUACUAAACUUAUUAUUCCUAGAUUUGCAUAAUUUAUUUUAAAAUGAUGGAGAGUUGUCUCAUUGGCAGUCAUAUCUUCUUAUUUUCAAAUAUGAUAGAAAAUGCAUUUGUUUUUAAUGCACAUUUUUGCUAUUUUUGUAAGACAAGAUUACUAGUCAUUUUGAAGAAAUAAUUGAGACUUCAUUAAUGUAAAUGUAUUCAUGGUAAUAUCAACACUUUUAGUAGUUUUAGGUAAAAUUAUAGAAUGUAUAGACAGAUAAUUAUCGAUAAUUAGAUAACUUAUACAUGUAUAAGUUUUAUAGCAUUUGUUUUUAUGAGUGAUAAAUGUUUUUGAGUAAGACAUUUUGUCUGAUUUAUUACUUUUAAUACUGUUAUUUGUGAAAUGCUGAUGACAGUUUGAAGAUAAAACUGAGAUUGUUGUGUUACAGAUGUUUUAUUUGCAGUUAUUUCAAAUUCAUUCACGAGUUAACUUAAUUUUGCUGUGUUACAGACGUUUUAUAAAUCAAAUUUAUACACGAUUUAACAUAAUUUUAAGAUCAAGUAUUGCACAUAUAUUUUGAUAGUUUUUUUAGCGUGUUGGAAUUGUAUCAGAUAACCUCUACUUCCAAUCUAAUAUGGCCACCCUUACUUUAAAUAGACACUUGUUAUUAUAUUCUAAAUAGUUACUGAUUUUGACUGUUUAAUUAUGCUUUUAAAAAAACUUGUGAAUAUAAUUGUCUACUUCAAUAACUAUGCCCUGCAUCUAAGAUAAUUGUCACUACAGAACAAAAAAUUUCUUAAAAUUUCAAAGGACAGUGCAUAAAAUAAUCUAAAAUAGGACAAUUUGAACAAAAGCUAUAUGAUGCUUUGCUCAUCAGUUUCUGAAUACUAUCUUGUGAUAUGGUACGGCUUGAGAGGACAUAAUUUUAUAACACUAGUACUUAAGAUUGUACAAUGUAUUACAUUUAUUGUUUUUGAUCUACAUACACAAUGUUACAUAGAUAUUAUUAUUGGUAAGUAUUGAAAUACCAAAAUAUUUUCUUCUACCCAAUAGAUCAUUUGGAAAUUUAUAAAAUGAAGUUGAAGUUUUAUUGCUUUUUUAAAGGCAGGUUUUUUACUUUUUUGUGCUUAUUUUGCUUUGAAAUAUUCUUUCUCUUUUGAUGUGCACAGUUUACUUAACAUAUGAUUUAAGAUAUAUAUUUUGGGUUUUUUGUGUUUAAUUAUUAACCCUCAUAUGAAAUUUAAACUUUUUUUAGAUGGAGUUGUGAAUAUCUGAAAUAAAAAUCUGAUGUGGUUGUUUUCUUUA